AAAAGGGGAAAAAAAAAAAAGAAUCGGAUUUCUUAGGGAACGAACCAAAGGCUUUGUGUGCCACCGGACUCCGAAGCUCGCCUUCAUCUCUCCCGGAAAUUAUUCAUCGAUAAGGGAGAGGUCUACACACUUUUGAAUCAACAAGGUUUAAUUGAGCCCGGGAAUUUUGACAGUGUCACCAUUACCAGUAGGUGUCAUAGGGAGGUGCACGGAACAGACGUGUGAGAGAGAAUGAGAGAAAGUAGAGAGAGACCCAAUGAUCGGAGGUGGAAUCCACCAGAAACCACUUUAGUGGCAGCUUCGAAGGGCCCCCCAGGCUGAGUUAUUUAGCAUUUAGGGACGUCUUACAGGGGUCUCCGUGUAAGGGACAAAGAACUUGCCCCAGAAAAUCUGGAACCCGGACUCUCGGUCCUGGCCGGUGAUGCUUUGUAAAUGGGAGGGCAGGUUUUCCUCAGAAAUGGGAGGAGGAGCACGCGGCUCCCUAGUGGCCCCAAGGUUUGGCUGCAUACACUAUAACCGGAAGGGUCCUCCCUGUUCCUUCUCCACCGCGCCCCCGUGCCCAGCACCCUCCACCCGUGCUGGAGCCAGUUCCAGGGAGCAGGACUUCUGCCUAAGGCACCGAAUUUAGGACUGGAAAGGACCGCAGAGAUCUACGUAUCCAAGCUCUUCGUUUUACAGAUGGGGAAACUGAGGCCAGGAGCUUCAGUAGUUUGUCUGUGAACCUCAGUCCUUUGAUUGAAGGGUCUUUCCAUAGGCUGGGCCUCUUACCCGGGGAGAGUCCGAGGAAACGACUCCGAGCUUUGCUUGGCGGAGCAGAAGCGAAGAUUCCGGGGUCCAGAGCCCCCACCCCCUUCCGCCCCCCGGGCUAGGUCCAGCCUCGGCCGACCCCACCCCCGGCCGGGCCUGGUGGGAUGGGGAGGGCUGGACUGCUCUUGCCCUGCUCUCGCGCUCCCGGGAGCCCCAAGCCUGACCCGGGCCAGGGACUUAAGUGUGCGCGUGCGCCCAGGUGAGAGCUCCCGAGCCCGGGCCGACCAGGUGGCCCGCCCCGCCCUGCCCAGCCCGGCUCGGGCACCUGCGCAGGACACUCCUGGUUCGUGUUUUCCUUCGGGAGCCCCCGCGGGGCGGGGACCAGGAAUUAGGAAAUGGAAGAUGUGCCGGAGGCUCGGGAUUCCCGCGCCCGGGACCGACCGAGGGAUCGAGACCCCCGCCCCGAGCGACACAGAGACCGCGACCACCGCGACCACCGCCCGGAGGGACAGCGGGACAGAGAUCGCGGCCCGGAGGGACAGCGGGACAGAGAUCGCGGCCCGGAGGGACAGCGGGACAGAGAUCGCGGCCCAGAGGGACAGCGGGACAGAGACAGACGGCGGGACCGAAACGGGGACAGACCUAGAGACCGGGACAGGCGGGGCGACCGAGAUCCGGAUAGAAGAGGGGACAGAGAUAGGGACCGGCGGGGGGACCGAGAUCGGGACCGGGAAAACAGAGACUGGGACCGGCGGGAGAACAGAGACUGGGACCGGCGGGGGGACCGAGACUGGGACCGGCGGGAAAACAGAGACUGGGACCGGCGGGGGGACCGAGAUGGGGACCGGCGCAGCGAACGAGACUACCGCCUGGACAGACAGGACUGGGAGCACCCCCGUUCGAAUGGACAACGGGGUCGAGAAAAAUCUCGCCAAAGCAGGACCCAGGAUGUACCUUGGGAGCCCUCCGGAGACAGAGCCCCUCCCUCCGGGUCUGCCUCAGGGGAAAUGCGAGAGCCUUGGGCCCAGAGAAAUGCGGGGUUCGGCCGGCCGGAGAGUGACUAUCCUUCCCGGAGAUCUCUGCCCUUUAGCCCCAGGCCUGGAUUGGAAGAGGUGGAAUACUACGAGUCUGAGGCCGCAGGGCUCCUGGAAUGCCACAAAUGCAGAUACCUGUGCACCGGGAGAGCCUGCUGCCAACUGAUGGAGGUCCUGCUGAACUUGCUGAUUCUGGCCUGUAGCUCUGUGUCUUACAACUCGACCGGGGGCUACACAGGGAUCACCAGCCUUGGGGGUAUUUACUACUACCAGUAUGGAGGAGCCUUCAGUGGUUUUGAUGGUCCUGAUGGGGAGAAGGCCCAACGGUUGGACAUCCAGUUCUACCAGCUCAAGUUGCCCACAGUGACGGCAGCGAUGGCUGUUGGAGGGGGUCUCAUGGCCUUCUCCUGCCUCCUUAUUCUCCUGGGUGUCCUUCGGGUCCCGUGGCACUGCCCACUGUGGCUGGUGAUUGAAGCCCUUUUGGAUACGCUCAUCUCUAUCGGCUACAUCCCGGCUUUGUAUUUCUAUUUCCACCACCUCUCGGCAGCCUACAGUUCUCCUCUGUGUAAAGAGAGGGAGACCUUGUACCAGAGCAAAGGCUACAGUGGUUUUACUUGUAGCUUCCACGGUGGAGACAUAGGGGCUGGGCUUUUUGCUGCCAUUGGAGUCAUUGUCUUUGCUGUGGGGGCUGUUCUAGCCUUCCGGGCGUAUAGAAGAAUCCAAAAGCCUGAAGGGAAGCCAACAGUGACAUAUGACUUAUAGUCUUUCAUCAGCUGCUGCUAGAUCUC